AUGGCCAGCUGCUCUCGUGCAACUGUAAACCUGGAUAUACCGGAGACCGAUGUGACAGAUUUUAGAUGUGACGCUGGUUUCUUCGGCGAGCCUCAGCGUCCAGGCGGUUCAUGUCAACCAUGCGAUUGCAAUGACAAUAACAAUUUGACAGACUCGAGAGCUUGUCAUCCAAUCACUGGCGAUUGCUAUCUUUGUGAGAGGAACACCGAUGGUCGUCAUUGCGAAUAUUGUGCCCAGUGGUACCACGGCGAUGCAGUGGCGGCAAAGAACUGUACUGCAUGUACCUGCGACCAGUGUGGUUCAUCGAUGUGUGACAACCAAGUUGGCGAUUGCCAUUGUAAACCAAAUGUGGAAGGACUAAAUUGCGACAGAUGCAUUUCUGAUCAUUGGGGUUUCUCGCGCUGUGGUGGAUGUUAUCCGUGCCACUGCGGUAUCGCUUCUUCCUCCACCCAAUGUGACGAUGAGACCGGACAGUGCCAGUGUCGACCAGGAGCUGUUGGGCUGCGUUGCGAGCACUGCGAGCACGGAUUCUGGAACUAUGGCGAAUACGGCUGUCAAAAUGCGACUGCGAGGCAGACCUCUCCAUGGGUACGGUGUGUGAUGUGCGUACGGGACAGUGUCAUUGUCAAGAAGGAGCCACCGGAGCUCGCUGCGACCAAUGUCUACAGUCAUAUCUCAGAAUUCCCACUUAUGGAUGCCGACGAUAUCGCUAACCUGCUGUCUGGUGAACAGUACAACAACUUCAUCGGAGAUGCUCGUGCUGUCCUUGCCAACAUGUCGCAGUUGGUCAACUCGCUGAAAAGGUCCAACACAGUCGCCGACAACGAUGUCGAGCGCGCAAUGAAUUUGACGGAUUCAGCCGGCGAGGUCAUUCAGGAUAUUCGCCGUCGAGCUGCGGACGCUUCGGCCUCCGUGGACCACGCUAAAAACCUUGUUGCUUCUCUCGGAAGUCAUUCUUCAGCGCUCAUCAUCGAUCCAAGAUGGGUGGAAUACGCCGAGGAAACGUUGCAUCAACUGGAAGCAGCAACAGCGUUAAGUGAGAAAGUCGCUGAUUACCUGAGCGAUUCACAGAAAAUGCUAAAGGAAUCUCGAAAGAAAUCCGAGGAGGCUCGUAAGACUGCCAGCGGCGUGUCGACGUUAAGACUAGGGGUUGCUUGGCAAAGGCCUACUGACGGCCGCGAUAAGGCCAUUGAAGAACACGGCGUCGUGAGUGGUGUGCUGCUGGAGGUCAAAAAUCUCACCGAACAAGCGAAGGAUGCUCUGGAGUCAGUGGGAAACUCGCUGACGAAUUUGGCUGAAGUCCGUGCGGAACUCGCCGAGAUGGUUGAGCCCAAACGUGAGAAGCGACAAGCAUCCUAUGAUAAGGGCGCUGUGGAUGCCAGAGUUAGAGACCUGGAAAUCGAAGCAUCACGUCUGAAGAACAACUUUGGCUCAGCUCAAUUGGAGUCUCAGAAUGCUGUCGAAGCUGCCACCGCCUACAGUAACCUUACCGACUCAUUGAAGAAUGCUCAAGAAAAGGCACAAUGGGCAAUCGAUGAAAUGACUGAGCUGAGUGAGGGUUUGCAAGAGAAAGGUAAGCUUCACAAGUCUUCUUCUUCUGGCUCCACUUCUUCCUACCAGAAAAGUUAUUUCCUUUUGCUGCUGAAGAUCAUAAUCGAUUUUCAGAAAGAACAAGUGAAACAGGCACUGAACGGCUCGGCUACGCUAGUCCGUCAAGCAUCCAAUCUGCAGCAGAACACGCUGAACACUUUGAAGAAAGAAGCCGUCGAGACAGAGAACAGAAUUGAUAGGUUGACCACAAUGGUCGAUGGAAUGCGCCGUAAUGUGGACGGUAUCCGUGCGUCGUUGGUAUCACCUCUCAACGAGACCACUUUUGCAGAAGUGGAGAAGUCAGCUGAUCAUGUGAAUAGCCUCCUUGUCGACUCGGACAAGGUUCUGAGCACAGCGCGUGAGAGCCUUGCGGAACUGAAAGAGGCAACGGACAAGGCCGUCUCGGAAGCUACCGAUGCUUUGCAAGGUAUUAAGACAACGCGAAGCAACGAUGAAAGGAGUGCGAACGCAACCGAUUACAGCGAAAAUCGCGCUAAAGAAUUGACCCGGAGUGAAGCCCGACAUGUUAAUCUCCUGACCCUGUCUGUUCUGGUCCCGAAGUUGAUGAAAUCCUACGACAACAUGCACAACAGCGCUACGAAUCGUACGGCCAAAGUGGAGGCAUGUGUGGAUAAAAUCGCUGCUCUCAAGGAACAAAUUGCUGUCGCCAGAGAUGCUGUCGCCAGAGAUGCUGCGAACAGGAUUAAACUCGGUGCACAUUUCGAACAAGGCAGCUCGUUGGAUCUGGCAAUGCCACAUCGUGUAGCGCGAUCCGCUGCCCAUACAGACAUCUCUUUCCAUUUCCGCACCGCAAAAGAACACGGCAUCCCACUGUUCUUCGGUAACGAAGAGGGAUCUGCUGGUACCCGUGCCGUGCCCACUGAUGACUACAUCGCCGUGGAAAUCGAGUACGGUCUACCGAAGGUCACGAUCAACCUAGGCGAAAAACCGCUCGUUAUUAGACUAUACACGCGAGUCGCGGACAAUCAGUGGCGUCAGCUAAGUGUUGAACGUAUCGGAAGAUCGGCAACGGUUAAACUCUAUAAGCCUAACAGCGACGAGAUUGCCGACGAGGUACGCAAUCGCGACUUCGAAGGUGACAUUGAAGAUCUGACGCUGCAUGGUGAACCAGUCGGGCUGUGGAACGCGAAGAGCGGUGGAGCAGUGGCAGUUCGUGGCGCCGUACCGCGCCCGCGCCCGCGCACAAAGGAGUCGUCUGCACAGCAAGGAGUCUCUCUCGACGGUGAAGGCUAUAUCGUCUACCAAAUGGGAUACUGGAUCCCCGAAAACCGUGACUUCCUUGCACUGGAGUUAUCGGAUGGAAAUGUGAAAUUAUCGCUGGACUUCGGAUCUGGUGCCGCACAGUGGCUCGCCGAUACCGUGACCUACAACGACGGGCAAUGGCACACUGUGAUGGUGGCUAGAGAUGAGCGACAUCUGAUCGUUCAAGCCGUUCCCCAUCGAGCGUCAGUAGACUGGCAUCAAUCCGUUCGUCUCGGAACGGACGAAAUGGAUUUGUAUGCAAGUCAUGCCAGCAAAGGAGUGAGGAAUGCUUGCCCACUUGGCACUGUGAACACGGUGGAGCAUUGGUUGAUUGGAAAAGAUUCUUUUGACUUCCAGGUGGCGGGCGAAAUGGCGAAGAUUCUUUUCGGACGCCACGAUUCCGCUUCAUUCGUCGGAUGCGUUGGUGAUGUGUCGUACAACGGAGAGCUGUUGGAUUUCGCGAAGGCCCCUGCGAAUCUUGCAAUCACCACUACUACCGCAAUGACUACCACCAUAGCACCCACGUCAAUUUUUUCUGUUCUUCGCUCUAAUUUAGACGACAUGGGAGCUCAACGAACGAUUGCUUUGAUGUUCCCGAGUGCUAUAUUUAUUUUCAGCCUGUUGCUGACGGUGCUUGUGCUCUGGGAUUGGAUCCUCGGCCUCCAAAAGAUGAAGUGGACGGAACCAAGGUUCGGACUGCAGCCCAACAGUCGCCUGGAGUACGAGGUUAUGCCGGAUAUCAUUCGAUAUAGAACUAUCAUCCACUCAAAUCGAUCAAUUCUUAACGGUGAAUGGCACUCGGUGAAGGCGUCAAGACGCGGCAGCGAAGGGCUACUGGUAGUCGAUGAAGAAUCGGCUGAAGCUGUGGUUUCGGCCGGCACACGACGCCAUCGACACGGCAGCCACUCUUUACCUUUGGGCGCGUCAUACUACGGCAUGGCCAGCUACGCAAGGACGAUCGUGCCGGUUGGCCAGUCAUUCUCUGCUGAAAUGGAAGUGCGUCCGCGUACAAAGAAUGGCGUGUUGUUUUCCGUUGGUGUCGUUGAAUACCUGACUGUUCAAAUCCUCGAUGGCACCGUUAAGUUUAUCGUCGACAGUGGUUCGGGAGCCGAGUCGCUGAUCUAUACUCCGCCAACGUCAAACACCAUUUGUGAUGGUCACUGGCAUUCGAUCAAGGUUAGUGCACAUUAA